CGUAAACAAUGUAGUGCGGGCGAUUCGUGGGUCGUAUUUAACCACGAAUGCGUUGAUACUCGGUUAUCCCCUGCAUGGUGUUUUCUACACACUCCAUAAGUGCGGUUUUCGAGAAACACAGUUGUGACACUUGUAAGUUUUGCGGAGUUGAGCGGGGUGAACUUUGUGUGUCGGGUCAGCGCGCGGAGUGAUCGGGAGGUGUGGCCGCCAUGAUGGAGACGUGAGGAAGGCCGCCGUUGCGUGAAGAGUUCUGCCGCAGUUUGUCCUUCCGACCUGAUUACAUGGCGAUCCGCGCUAUGGGCCCACGUCCUGCAUAAUAAACCUACCUACGGAACGUUGUCGGGAUCGGACUGGGGCCGGGGAAGGUCGGUACGUGGACGUUAGGGCCGUGUUUUUGUGGAGAGGCGCGGCGGUUUGACGCAGCUGAGCCAGGUGAGUGGCAGCUGCCGUGCAGGGUUCGCGGCGGGGGCACCGUUCGUGUCGCCCGUCAACUUUCGCCGCACGCACAGGACCGCCACGGCGACAGGCAAACUUUGGGAGUCCUCUGGCAGCAGAAGCACGGAUCUCUCCCGUGGAAAAAACAGCCAGGGUCUGCAGACGACAGGCGCAGUCGGACGCCAUCUUGAAGUUUUGACUUGUGUGUUCCGCGCUGCGGUUUGAUCCGCGGACUCUCCAUUCGCAGUUCAACCGUGACUGGCGCUACCCUGCCGCCGGCCGGGCUCGCUCUCAGGACCGAACCAGCAGCUUCCCGACAUCAUGGACAAGUUCGAGAAGCUGGGAAAGAUCGGGGAGGGUUCGUACGGGGUGGUGUUCAAGUGUAGGAACAGGGACACUGGCCAGCUGGUCGCCAUCAAGAAGUUCGUGGAAUCUGAAGACGACCUGUUGAUAAAGAAAAUCGCCCUUCGCGAAAUCCGAAUGUUGAAGCAACUAAAGCAUGCCAACCUGGUGAACCUGCUGGAAGUGUUCAGAAGAAAACGCAGACUGCACCUCGUGUUCGAGUACUGCGACCACACCGUGCUCAACGAGCUCGACAGAAAUCCCAAAGGAGUACCGGAGCACCAGACAAAGAGAAUAAUCUGGCAAACGUUACAAGCUGUCAACUUCUGCCAUCAACACAAUUGUAUUCACAGAGAUGUGAAGCCGGAAAACAUCCUUAUAACCAAGCAGGGAGUUAUUAAACUGUGUGACUUCGGCUUUGCAAGACUAUUGACGGGUCCUGGGGACGAGUACACGGACUACGUGGCAACACGAUGGUACCGGGCGCCGGAGCUGCUGGUCGGAGACACGCAGUACGGACCCCCCGUGGACGUCUGGGCCAUCGGCUGUGUCUUCGCCGAACUCAUCUGCGGACAGGCGCUCUGGCCAGGCAAAUCCGACGUCGACCAGUUAUACCUCAUUAGAAAAACUUUAGGUGACUUGAUCCCCCGACAUCAGCAAAUAUUCAGCACCAACCAGUUCUUCAACGGCCUGACCAUUCCAGAGCCAGAGAGAAGAGAACCGCUGGAGCACAAGUUCCCGAACAUCUCUCCGCAGGCCCUCAGCUUCAUGAAGGGUUGUUUACAGAUGGACCCUGCCUCCAGGCUGACGUGUGAGGAGCUUCUUGACCACCCGUACUUCGACCUGUUCCGGGACGAGUUCGACUCCGAGAUGAAGGAUAAGAACACGCGGCGCUACGAGACGCGGAGAGGACGGUCUCGGAACACGCUGCAUCACCUGCCUCAGCUCACCGGCAACCCGCAGGCUAACGCCUCCUCGCCCGCGCCCGACCCCGCCAAGGGACUCAACCUCAAACCCAAACACAGCAAGUUUGGCAAGUACGACGACCACCUGCCCAACAUCUGACAAUUACAGUCGCCAUGGAGACAAGACAACUUCCGCUAUCUGCACUGAGAACACAGGAGAGAGAAAAGUCUUCUAAGUUAGCAUGAAAACAAGCAACUACACCUUUACAGAGUAAAACUGCUACAUAGCAACCACAUGAUUACAAUCUCGUAGAGCCGUGUAACACAGCAAUCAAAACCAUUACAGAGCAGAGCUGUGUAACAUACAUGUAGCAACUAAAUCAUUCCAGAGUAGAGCUGUGUAACAUGGCAACUACUACGUUCCAGAGUAGAGCUAUGUAACAUAGCAACUACAACAUUCCACAGUAGAGCUGUGUAACAUAGCAACUACAACAUUCCACAGUAGAGCUGUGUAACAUAGCAACUACACCACUCCAGAGUAGAGCUGUGUAACACAGCAACUACAACAUUACAUAGUAGAGCUGUGUAACAUAGCAA